UGUACGUUUGCAUGCUAUCUUGACCUUGAUAGUAUUUCUUCACAAUUUCCUUCACCGGAAAAAUCACUGGUGAAGACUAAUCAUGCUUAUCGUCCAGUUCGCCGGAAUUUUGUUGGCCGGGAUUACCGUAGCCCUGGCAGCCACCAAUUCCACCGACACCGCCACCGCCGACACAUUCAACAUUACGAGGGCUCCAAUCAUCACCAAGAGGCCCGAUUGCCCCAGCAAAUGUGGGGAUCUCACUGUUCCGUACCCCUUCGGCAUCGGCGUUGGCAGCGGCUGCGGGAUCGGGGACUGGUUUGAGCUCAAUUGCAGCAACGCCUUCGAUCCUCCCCGAGCAUUAAUUGGCAACAUUCAGGUCUACGAAAUCUCCGACAAUCAAAUGCGAAUCUCCAACGUUGUAGCCAGGAGAUGCUACGACCGAUCUGGCUCAGUAGUCCUGCACAACACCGCCUCCUCCAGCAUCAGCUCCACUCCGUUCAGCUACUCGGAGCUGAAUAAAUUCACGGUCAUCGGCUGUGACGAUUUCGCGCUCGUCACCGGCGUUGGCAGCCGGAACUUCACCAGCGGGUGCGUUUCACUCUGCUCGAGAGCCGAGGAUGUAAUAAACGAAUCCUGCUCGGGUAUAGGCUGCUGCCAGACGUCCCUGCCGAAAGGAUUGAAGUUCUACUUGACCGAUCUCAGCAGCUUGAAAAAUCACACGCAAGUUUCUUCGUUCGAUCCAUGUAGCUACGCGUUUCUUGGAGAGAAGGAGAGGUUCGUUUUCCGAGGGGCGACGGAUCUAUCCGACCCGAAUUUCAUGCAGCGGGUCCUGACUACAGUUCCCAUCGUGCUAGAUUGGGCACUUGGCAAUUCCACCUGCGCACAGGUUCCGAAUUUUUCAGAUUACGCCUGCAAGGCUAACAGUGACUGCGUUGAUUCGGACACCGGAUUGGAUGGCUAUCGAUGCAGCUGUAAGAAAGGUUAUGAAGGCAAUCCGUACUUAGAUCCAGGCUGCACAGACAUCAAUGAAUGCGCGGAUCCAAACCUGCAUGACUGCGUAAACGAAAAGAUGUGCACCAACCUUCCGGGUGGUUUCAACUGUUCGUGUCCACACGGACACUUCGGGGAUGGCAGAAAGAAUGGUAAAGGCUGCACCGAACGCAGCUCUCGAUUCCCGGUGACUCAGGUGGCAUUAGGAAUUGGGAUUGGGUUUUUGUCGUUGGUGAUCGCUGUGAGUUGGCUCUACUUUAGCCUCAAGAAAAGAAAGCUCAUAAAGCUCAGGGAGAAAUUCUUCCAGCAGAACGGUGGUUUGUUGCUCAAGCAGCAGAUCUCUUCCGACGAAGGCCCCAUGGAGUCCACAAAAAUAUUCACGGCAGAAGAGCUGAAAACGGCCACCAACAAUUACGCAGACGACAGGAUCCUAGGCAGAGGUGGAUACGGCACUGUCUACAAGGGGAUUCUGCCAGACAAUCGAACAGUCGCUAUAAAGAAAUCCAGGGUAAUGGAUGAAACUCAAGUCGAACAAUUCAUCAACGAAGUGGUCAUUCUCACACAGGUGAAUCACAGAAACGUUGUCAAACUUCUGGGAUGCUGUCUAGAGCUAGAAGUCCCUUUAUUAGUCUACGAAUAUGUUUCGAACGGUACACUCUUCGAGCACAUCCACAACAGGGCCUUGACUUGGUUAACCUGGGAGAAUCGUCUACGGAUCGCCUCAGAAGCUGCCGGUGCCCUCUCCUAUCUUCACUCAGCAGCUUCAGUCCCUGUCAUCCAUAGAGAUGUGAAAUCAGCCAACAUCUUGCUGGACGGAUACUACACGGCCAAGAUAUCAGAUUUCGGGGCCUCCAGGCAGGUCUCCCUGGAUCAAACAGAAGUCACAACGCUGGUUCAGGGGACAUUAGGGUACCUGGAUCCCGAAUACUUCCACACCAGCCAAUUAACGGAGAAAAGCGAUGUGUACAGCUUCGGAGUGGUGCUUGCUGAGCUGAUGACAGGGAAGAGGCCCAUUGACAUGGAUAGGAGCCAGGAGCAGCGGAACCUGACAACCUAUUUCAUCAUGGCUCUGAAAGAGAACAAACUGUUUCAAAUCCUGGAGCCACAGGUUGUGAGGGAGGGGUCCCUGGAGCAGCUCCAGGCAACUGCACAGCUCAUAAAGAGGUGCUUGAAUCUGAAUGGCGAAGACAGGCCGACAAUGAAGGAGGUGGCCAUGGAACUUGAAGGCUUGAGGAAGUUCACCAGGCAUCCUUGGGCAAAUCAAAAUAUUCAUGAAGAAUCGGUGGGGCUGAUGAGCGGUGGGGAUGGUAUGGAUCUUUACAGUGCUCCGGUUACAGGGGCCGGGGCUGAUCUUUACACUGUUCCCAUAAGCAAUGGAGAUUUCUCCUCAGGACAGUACAGUCUGAACAGCAACAACCCCAGUCAGGUUUUUCCCCAUGCCAAUAGCCCUCGCUGAUGGAACACCUGUUUUUUCAUUCUGCAGAAUCAAUUACUUUUGUUUUCAUGUUUACAUUGUACCAUCAAAUGUAUCAUCUAUUGUAAAAAAAACAAAGACAAAAAAAAGAUUAAAUCCUUUCGGAUUUGCUUAAUACCAGUUUUUCACAAUCCGUGGAGGUCCAGUUACA